UAGUUAUAUAUCUUGCGCGAUAGAGGAAGCGAGAGCACAUAUAAUUCUGUAAAAUGUAUUUCUUAAAAUAAUGUUUCCAUAUGAAUAUUUGCAAACAAUAAAUUUGAGGGUGAAUCUUUGCGAAAACUAGAUACUCACAAGGAAAUUGCAGUGAUAUUGUUAUAAUUAUGAGUGAUAAUGUGGUCGUUUACUGAUGAGGACACACAGCGGUGCAAUAUUCAUUGUGCAUUGUUUUUGACUUUUUUAUGGAUGAGCAUCGUGCAGUAAUGUCGCGCGCGAACACACGUGAGCCACGUGUCUGUAACGUAUCGUUGUUCUUUAAAUGCAUGCGCGACGUCGUUCAGACAUCUACUGUGCAAACAAAACAUUGAAACUAUCUGACGUUUUUUAAAAUUGUUGGUCAUUCAAGAUGGAUUAUACCAUUGUUUAAUUACGUCGUACAUGUGAACGCUUGGAAGCAAACUGUAUAAAAAACGCGAAUGUCAUUUUCACCUAAAAUAUAUGCCAUGUGACUGUUUAUUUUCUGACGAUUGUCAUUUUCUGUUGCAAUAAUACACGCACAGAUGGCAACAACAUUCACAGAAAAAGGUUUGUGUUGUCUUAUGAAAUAAAUAUCGUCUAAAAAGUUUCUGUUAUUAUUCAGUAUGCCAUGAUAUCAUUUAAUUGCACGAAAAUGAACAGAUAAAGAAGUGAUUUGUGUAUAAUGCUUUCUACAUGUAAUACCCUUCGAUACAAUGGAAGGCGUUGAAAAUUUAUAUGGAUUGCAAAGGAGUUUAGACACAAGAUGAGGAAUCGAGCAAUUGAUUGGUGUAAAGAAGUACACAGGCUUAGGGAAUUCUUCUGUUAUAUAAUUACAAUUCAUUCUUUGAAAAAAAUAGACUUCUGAUUUUGUUUAAUUGAUGCGUGAAAUUGGGUGGCUAGCCAUUUUAUAAACCAUGCAACUCAUAUUGUUUGCAUCAGCUCUGUUGGUUACAGGAAUAUUCUUUAAUGUUAUUAAUCCGACUAAUCAAUCAGAACGAUCUGAGUAUUUGUCCUCUUUCGAACGAGAGAGACAAAAUACAGAAUUGAUACCUGAACAAGAUGACCCUCUCUUGAUGUUUUCCACGCUUGAUGGUUUUCUUGUUGGCAUCGAGCAACAUUCAGGAAAUAUACUUUGGCGGCAAAGCGAUGAGCCAAUUGUUAAGGUACCGGUUGACUUCUCACGAGCGUCCACGCCAGUGUUUUUGCCAGAUCCAAAAGAUGGUUCUUUGUAUGUGUAUGGAACAGAAACUGAAGCUCUAAAGAAACUACCAUUUACAAUUCCCCAGCUUGUUGCAAACAGUCCUUGUCGCAGCAGCGAUGGAAUACUGUACACUGGUAGAAAGAUCGACACUUGGUUCAGUGUUGAUCCUCAUACCGGUCAAAGGGAGCAACUUCUAGGAUUUAACAAAGUUAAAAAUACGUGUCCUCUAGAGUUACAGAACACUGUUUUUGUUGGUCGUACCGAAUAUAAUAUCAUUAUGGUAGAUAGCAAACAAAAGAACAGAAAAUGGAAUGUUACGUUUUAUGAUUAUUCAGCUGCAAAAAUGGAACCCGAAGGAAUAGAAAAUUAUGAUUUAGUUCAUUUUACAACGAGUUCAACUGGACGUAUCGUUACCGUGGAUAGAAGAUUGGGAAUCGUUCUGUGGGAGCUUGAUGUACAGAGUCCUGUAAUUGCAGUGUAUACUGUGAGAGAGGAAGGUCUGCUAACGGUUCCCUUUACUAGUGUUGCGGAUGAAACGUUGGAUCUCCUAUUGAAACGUUUUGCGAAUAAACCAAGCGACAUUCAAUUAUUUCCAACAUUAUAUAUCGGUCAACAUAGACACGGACUUUACGCAUUACCGUCUCUCGUUGAUUCGACAACGGCUACAAUAUCAAGUAAUAAUAUUGGACAACUGCUGCUCGAAGGUCCACUAGGGGUUUCACAGCUGAGUAAAAAUGACAAUAACGUUCCACUUUCCUAUGGUAACCGUGAAUAUGUCAAUGAUGAUACCGAUAGCACAGUUGCCCAGCCGAAAUAUCAAGCAGUUAUCACAUUAGGUCAUUACGAAGUACCGGCUGAAUAUAAACUGCAAGACCAACAACCCCUUCAGAUUACAGGUCGGUCUGAUCCUGUGAUCGAAACAUUACCACUUUUACGAUACUUGAAUUCGACGAAGGAGUCUUUAUUACUUGACUUGACACAAACUGACAGUGAAUCUAGUGACAGUGCAAAAAGUAGUAUGUCUUGGCGCGAAAUCGUACGGAAUAUUUACGUCACGAGCAAGAGCUGGCUUAAUCAGCAAGAGAAUAAAGGACUGAAAUUAGCACUGGUUGCAUUAUUAGGAUGUAUUUUAGCGAUGUUUUGGUAUUUGAAUGCGCAAUUCAAGGAAUUUCAACAGCUUUCGCAGCAGGGCUCGCGAGAAAGUAGUCGCAGCGAUGAUUAUUACGGAAUGCGAUCGAACGUGCUCGCAUCGCCACAAGAUAUGGGCGAAGGGGUGGUGAAAGUUGGAAAGAUAAGUUUCGAUACGGGGCUAGUCUUGGGUAAAGGUUGCGAGGGAACAUUCGUAUACAGAGGUGAAUUUGAUGGUCGUUUCGUAGCAGUAAAACGUUUGUUGCCGGAUUGUUUUACGUUCGCCGAUCGAGAAGUAGCGUUACUCAGAGAAUCAGACGCUCACGCAAAUGUUGUACGAUACUUUUGCACGGAGCAAGAUAGAAUGUUUAGAUAUAUCGCGUUGGAGCUAGCCGAAGCGACCUUGCAAGAUUAUGUUACGGGACGAUACGAUAGACAGAAAAUAUCUGCGAAAAGCAUUUUACGACAAGCCACAUCAGGGCUAGCUCAUCUACAUUGUCUCGAUAUUGUCCACAGAGACAUCAAACCACAUAACGUACUGUUAUCGACUCCGGGACCACGUGGAGAAGUUAGAGCUAUGAUAUCUGAUUUUGGGCUGUGCAAAAAACUUCAAUUAGGUCGUGUAUCCUUUUCGCGUAGAUCCGGGGUAACAGGGACUGACGGUUGGAUAGCGCCCGAAAUGUUAAACGGAAACAGAACGACAUGCGCCGUGGAUAUCUUUUCUCUGGGUUGCGUUUUCUACUAUGUCCUUUCUGAUGGGAAACACCCAUUUGGAGAUCCAUUGCGACGGCAGGCCAACAUUCUUUGCGGCGAGAGUGAUUUAACGGCCCUUCAAGAUGGACUUUCCCAAAGUACCAAAGAGCUUGCAUUAAUACUUAUAAAGGCGAUGAUUGCUAGUGAUCCAUCAGAAAGACCCCCGGUAAUGGCUGUUCAUGACCAUCCCAUAUUUUGGGAAUCUGCCCGAGUCCUUGGAUUUUUUCAGGAUGUGAGUGAUCGAGUAGAAAAAGAGCAAAUUGAUAGUCCAGCGUUAAUCGCGUUGGAAACUGACAACGACCGGGUUGUACGUGGAGACUGGAGAUUACUCAUCGAUGUAGAAGUUGCAACAGAUCUUCGAAAAUAUAGAAGUUACCGUGGAGAAAGUGUUAGAGACCUUUUAAGGGCAUUACGAAACAAGAAACAUCACUACAGGGAAUUGAGCCCGGAGGCGCAAGAGAACCUUGGAGACAUUCCCGAUAAGUUUACCGAUUACUGGCUCUCCAGAUUUCCCUGUUUGUUGUCGCACGUUUGGAGCGCGAUGCAAGCUUUUCGUCACGAACCAACUUUAAGAGACUAUUAUCACAUGGAUUAUAAGUUCGUAAAUAAUAUUUGUGACACUGAGUCUGCGAGAAUUAGAAGUACACGUGCGACAAAUUACGCGUUACAAUCGACUUCCUGGAGAGUACGAGAUAAUAUUGACUGGAGCCCAAAUAAAUCCAGAUACCGUGGUCAACGACGAAAACACGAGAAAAAGAAAAUCGAGGUACCACUCGCUUGGACUUUGUCGUCAAAUUAG